AUGGCCAAGCUCUGGUUCAAAUUCCAGCGGUACUUCCGCCGGAAACCCGUACGUUUCUUCACCUUCCUGGUGCUCUACCUGACGGCCGGGAGCCUCGUCUUCCUUCACUCUGGCUUCGUGGGCCAGCCCGCCGUCUCCCAGACCCAGGCCAACCCCGCUGCGGGGGUCCCGGCCGAGGGCGCUGAGCUGCCCUUCUUGGGCGACUUGCAUCUGGGCAGAGGCUUCCGGGACGCGAGCGAAGCCUCGAGCAUCGCCCGUAGGUAUGGACCCUGGUUCAAGGGCAAGGAUGGGAAUGAGAAAGCCAAGCUGGGCGACUAUGGCGGAGCCUGGAGCCGAGCCCUCAAGGGGAGGGUCGUCCGGGAGAAGGAGGAGGAGCGAGCCAAGUACAUCGGCUGCUACCUGGAUGACACCCAGAGCCGGGCCCUACGAGGCGUCUCCUUUUUUGACUACAAAAAGAUGACCGUCUUCCGUUGCCAGGACAACUGUGCAGAACGGGGUUACCUGUAUGCCGGGCUGGAGUUCGGCGCCGAGUGCUACUGCGGCCACAAAAUCCAGGCGACAAACGUGAGCGAGGCCGAGUGCGACAUGGAGUGCAAGGGCGAGCGGGGCAGCGUGUGCGGUGGCGCCAACCGCCUGUCGGUCUACCGGCUGCAGCUGGCCCAGGAGUCGGCCCGCAGGUACGGAAGUGCAGUCUUCCGAGGCUGCUUCCGCAGACCCAACAACCUCUCCCUGGCCUUGCCAGUGACGGCCGCCAUGCCGAACAUGUCCGUGGACAAGUGCGUGGACCUCUGCACAGAGAAGGAGUACCCGCUGGCGGCCCUUGCGGGCACCGCCUGCCACUGUGGGUUCCCCACCACGCGAUUUCCCCUCCACGAGAGAGAAGACGAACAGCUCUGUGCCCAGAAGUGCAGCGCAGAGGAGUUUGAGAGCUGCGGGACCCCCAGUUACUUCAUUGUGUACCAGACACAGGUCCAAGACAACCGCUGCAUGGACAGAAGGUUCCUUCCAGCCAAGUCCAAGCAGCUCAUCGCUCUGGCCAGCUUCCCGGGUGCCGGCAACACGUGGGCUCGCCACCUCAUCGAGCUGGCCACCGGCUUCUACACCGGCAGCUACUACUUCGACGGUUCUCUCUACAACAAAGGGUUCAAAGGCGAGCGGGACCACUGGCGCAGCGGGAGGACCAUCUGCAUCAAGACGCACGAGAGCGGCCAGAAGGAGAUCGAGGCCUUCGACGCCGCCAUCCUGCUCAUCCGUAACCCCUACAAGGCCCUCAUGGCGGAGUUCAACCGCAAGUAUGGCGGCCACAUCGGCUUCGCCGCCCACGCGCACUGGAAGGGCAAAGAGUGGCCAGAGUUUGUGAGGAACUAUGCCCCGUGGUGGGCCACUCACACGCUGGACUGGCUCCAGUUUGGCAAGAAGGUGCUAGUGGUGCACUUUGAGGACCUGAAGCAGGACCUCUUCGUGCAGCUGGGCCGGAUGGUCAGCCUGCUGGGUGUGGCCGUCAGGGAGGACCGGCUGCUCUGCGUGGAGAGCCAGAAGGAUGGCAACUUCAAGCGCUCGGGGCUCCGGAAGCUGGAGUAUGACCCCUACACGGUGGACAUGCAGAAGACCAUCUCCGCCUACAUCAAGAUGGUGGACGCAGCCCUCAAAGGGAGGAACCUCACGGGCGUCCCCGAGGACUACUACCCUAGAUGA